AAAGACAUAAAAGUUUUGUUUUCUUGCGAAAUUUUUUCAAAAGAAGGCGUAAAUAUGGUGUACCAAUCAGAUAAAGGAUGUCGAAUAAAGAAAUUUUUAUCGGCUAUACUUUUUUCUGUCCAGAAAAAGUGAAACGGUACACGGUGGCUGAUACGAUAUAUUCCACCAGAAAAGGAAAGUCUUAUAUCCUUUUGCAUGUGGAUUCAUUACAGAAAGAGAAAGAUAUGUUGACAGUUGUCACCAAUAAUAGACAUAUAAUAAAGAAAUAUGAAAGGCCUUUUUUGAUAAAUUCAGAUCGGCCUUUGAUGAAUACUAAAUACAGGAUUUCAAAAUACUUGACGAGUGUAUUUUGUGGGUUACUUAUUGACAUAAAAACUAGAAACAAGUAUUUUUUAAGAAUACGCCAAUUAUUAUUGGAUAAACUUGUUGUUAUUGAAAAUAGAUUGAAGAAACAAGGAAAGAACAGACAAACUACAACCUAUAUUAAAUUUAGUCAUAUUUGUCAAAAUUGUCAUUUGAAGGUGAUAGUAACUCCUACACCUCCACCACAAAAUGUGUUUAAGGAUUUUAGUCAAAUUAAACAAGUAAUAAGUAAACGCGUAGGCGUGUUUUAUACAAAAAAAGUUUUGAUGGAUGGUGGAACACGUAAAUAUGCAGUUACAUAUUCAAAUUUAUGGGUAAACAAGCAAUUUAAGACGUUGAAAGAACAAGAGAAGUAUAAAAAGAAGUUUAAAAACAGCCUCAAGAGUAACAAGAAUAAAUGGCAGAUUACAAAUAAUGGAAUUGAAUCAAAAGUACUCAUUUCUAAACAUAG